GUUGUUUCUCUUUUUCAGGUAGUUAUUUCCGACAUUUCGUUCAUAAAUGAAUCUUUCCGUGUCCAUACCGAAAUUACUGCCCUUCCUCUUUCAUCGGAUUUGAGGAAUAUUCAUUUACACCUUGCUCAUCUUUGCUUGCCACGUGAAUUGGGGAGGCCCACGUGGCAUAACUAUCAAUGCGUGCAGACUGUAUUACUCCACGUGACGCAACCGACUCGGCUUGCUGCACAAAGUCCCAACCUUUCGAUCAUGGAAACUCUCCCACAGUACUAUAACUCGAUCAACGAAAAAGACGCAUUUCUUCAAAUAACAAUACCUGAUGCCCUUCGUCUCACCAUCCAGCUGUUGAAGUGCAUUACAAUCGCAGUUGAUGUGGUUGUAGAGAAGCCUACUCAAGGCAUAAAGUUCGUCUAUAAUAUUGCACCGGACGGAACCCUUGAUAAAGGAGCUCACGUCUUUACCUACAGGAGCUCCUUGUUGACAAGCACUCGUGAGUGGCUCCCAUGUGUUGAUGCUCCUGAUCAGCUUGCACUUUGGCGUCUGCACAUCACUUGUGACAGCUGGCUUACUGCAGUGGCCAGUGGAGACCUGGUGGGCUUCGAUAGUCUUCCUGAGAAGCGUUUGAGAACAUGGAAUUAUCAACAGCUCAUCCCUACAGCAGCGUGCAGCAUCGGCUUCGCUAUCGGGCAGUUUUCAACAUAUACUCUUCCAGAUAUGGCCGAGGUGACCAACUUUGCUCCUGUUGGACUGUUGUCUCUGCUGAAGCACACUGUCGCGCCAUUGGAUAAAAUAUUGGAAUACUUCGAAGAACUACUCUCUUGCCGAUUCCCCUAUCCUACCUACAAGCAAGUAUUCGUAGAUAUGAUCCCUGAUGAUGUGACAUCUUACAGUAGCAUGACUCUUUUUUCGAUAAGUACUCUCCAUCACAAGAAGAUCAUCGAUGUAGUACAGCCGUGCAUGAUGCUUUCAACCGUAAACGUAUAUGAUGAGAUAGGAAUGAAGACAAAGAAGUUGAACUGGAAUCGUCGAUUGAGAAACGUGUGCCGUUGUACUCCGGAGACGACGUGGAGGGAUUUGAGCAACAUGGAUCCGGAUUCUCCCGUUUUGUGGAUAAGGCUCGACCCUGAGCUUCAUCUCAUCCGUAAUCUUAUGAUCAACCAACCGGACUACCAGUGGGAGUAUAUGCUGCGAUACGAACGCGAUGUGCUUGCUCAACUUCAGGCGCUAGAACGACUACAGCUCUGUCCUAAUCCUCAAAGUCGUGAUGUGCUGUUGGAAACCAUUUCUAACGAGAACUUUUUCUACCGUGUGCGGUGUCAUGCUGCGUACGCUCUUACAGAAGUGUUGAAUAAGAUGCCUGAAACGUGGUCAGGAGUGCCAGCUCUUUUGAGCCUGUACAGGAAAACUUACGGUGCUAAAUCAUGUCCGUCUAUUCCAAAGUCCAACAAUUUUGUUGUUACUUCUCAGAAUCUCCAACAAUAUUUCCUUCAACAGGCUCUCCCACAGGCUUUGGCUCGGAUGAGAACCAAUGGUAUGGCUUUACAAGAAGUACAGUGUUUCAUUGUUGACUAUAUACGUUACAACGACAAUUCAAUAAACAGAUAUUCUGAUGAUCAUUACCGUGCAUCCCUUCUGAACGCCUUGGCCGCCUGUGUAGCACCUGUCAAUACACUAGGUGGUGGUAAUUAUAUCCCAGACGCUUUGAGUUGGGAGAUGAAUGAAGUUGUAGAAGAAACAACUCACGCACUAAAUCUGGACACGAUAAAGCCGUCUUUUCGACAUGUGGUAGGCGUGGCAGCAUUGAACGUGAUCCAUCACCUGCAACGCAAUGGCCACAUACCAUCUGACUCGAAAAUAUUCUGGAUUUUUGCUGCGCCGAAACUUUGUGUCAACGUUAGUUUCUAUGAAUUUGGUAUUUCUGUCAUUCUCAUUGAUGCGGAAAGUCGCCCUUCACAUCAUUGUGCAGAGGCUAUCUCUGUCCAGAAAGAAGCAGUCGACGAACGAUUUGAUGAGGUUACUAACUAUGCUAGCCCAAGACUCUGA